CAACUGUGUGAGAUCAUGUGAUAUAUAAACUAGUAUAAAUAAACAAAAUUUGAAUAAGUUUGUUUUAUUCUGUACUGAAAUCAACAACAAUGUUACUUCUAGUUACACUAGCGAUAUUUGUGCCUCUUGGAACGUUGGGUCAUGGACCAUGGACGGGACAUAAAGUGAUAAAAGUAACCCCAAAUACCGAACAGGAAGUGAAACAUCUGCAGAAUCUCCUAUUUGAAGAGCGGCACUUGGAUGUAUGGCGUGCACCAUCAAGCGUUAACAAUUCCGUGGAUAUUCGUCUGUCACCAUUUGAAUAUGAUGACGUCACAAAUUAUCUGCUGGAAAAAGACAUGUUCGUUAAAAUCAUGAUAGAGGAUGUGCAGCAAAUAAUUGAUGAACAAAAGGCCUACAGAAAUAUCAAAGUGCCCAAAGCAAACCAGUUUGAAUACUCAAAAUAUCACCAACUUGAUGACAUAUAUGACUGGAUGCAAAAUAUAACAAACGUUUACAAAGACAAGGCCUCUAUGUUUAAUAUAACAAAGUCUUACGAGGGGAGAGAACUUGUUGGAAUUAAGAUUAGCACACAGCCACAAAAUGCGGACAGACCAGCGUUCUGGAUUGAAGGAGGUAUUCACCCGGAAGAAUGGAUUUCCCCAGCCACAGUUGUUUUUAUGGCUGGCCAGAUGCUGGACUUGUAUAAACUGGACAUGGAAUUGACGGAAAUGGUUGACAGCUUUGAUUGGUAUAUACUUCCGGUUACCAACCCAGACGGGUACGCGUACACAUUUGUUGAUGAUUCGACACGUUUGUGGAGAAAGACCCGAUCAAAGCAUGGUGCCUGUCGUGGUGUUGACGCCAAUAGGAACUGGGACUGGGACUGGUGUAAGUCAGGAGCGAGCAAAGACCCAUGUUCAAACAUUUACUGCGGGCCUAACGCUUUCUCCGAAGUUGAAAUCAAAGGAGUUGCUGAUUAUAUGAGCAAAAUUGAAAACCUUAAAGGGUUCAUAAAUUUUCACAGCUACACACAACAAUGGUUGUCACCCUGGGCAUCGACCAACACACUUCCGGUCGAUUUCAAAAUCCAGGAUGAAGGGUCAACAGUGGCCGUCAAAGCAUUGGAACAAGUUUAUGGUACCAAAUUUGCACAUGGAGAAAUCGCUAACCGAGCCUCUGUUGCUAGUGGCCUUGGUGUUGACUGGGUUUACGGAAAACUGGGGGCGAAAUUUGCCUAUGACGUACAGCUGAGAGAUGACGGAAAGUACGGCUUCUUGCUACCAGACGACCAAAUUAUACCGAGCGGGAAAGAAACGCUGGAGGCUCUUAAAGCGCUUGCAAAAUAUGUUCGAAAUAAUUAGGAUAUUGUAGUAGAAAAUACGUGCGGGUAAAGUGAUAUAUUGUAUAUUCAAACGAUAAUUAUUUGCAGAAUUAUUAUCAUGCGUGCGGACCAAUUUUUAUAUAUUAUACAUGUAUAUAAAAGUAUGUGCAGAAUACGGAGAAAUAAGAAAAUUUAAGCAGAU